AUGUCACGUUCAACGAUGGUCAUGUCAGGUGGUGAUGUCAUCGGCAAUACUCCAUUACUUCGACUGAAUCGAGUUACUGAAGGAUUGGACGCCACUAUUGCAGUGAAACUUGAAUAUAUGAAUCCAGCUGGCUCAGUAAAGGAUCGCAUUGCGUUCAGUAUGGUUGAAGCCGCUGAAGCUGAAGGAAAAAUCGUUCCUGGGAAAACUGUGCUUAUUGAGCCAACUAGCGGAAACAUGGGAAUAGCGCUGGCAUACUGUGCUGCCCUUAAAGGAUACAAACUUAUUUUAACGAUGCCGUCAUCCAUGAGCGUGGAGCGACGAGCUUUACUGAAAGCCUACGGAGCCGAGGUUAUUCUGACCAACCCAGAUGCAGCGGUGAAAGGUGCGAUUGAAAGAGCCCAGGAUUUAGCUAAAGCCUUACCGAACUCACAUAUUCUUAAUCAGUUCUCAAAUCCGGCUAACCCUCUAGCACACUAUUUAACUACUGGACCAGAGAUUUGGAAGCAAACAGGAGGAAAAGUAGACAUCGUCUGCUUUGGAGUAGGAUCUGGUGGCACAUGCACUGGUGUAGGUCGCUAUCUUAAAGAACAAAAUCCAAAAAUAAAGGUAUAUCCUGUAGAGCCAUUCGAAUCGUCGGCAAUCAACGGUCUAGCACAUAGUCCACAUAAAAUCCAAGGCACGUACUGGAAGACUAUCUCAAUUUUUGAAACGAUUAGUAUGGGAAUUGGUAUGAUACCAGAAAAUCUCGAUCGCACUCUCUACACCGAGGCCUUGCGGGUGCAUUCAGACGAUGCCAUCGCCAUGGGGAGGCGUCUUGCCCUCGAAGAAGCGAUCCUUGGCGGAAUCUCGUCCGGUGCAAAUGUCUGUGCUUCUAUUCAGCUUGCAAAACGCCCUGAAAACAAAGGAAAACUGAUCGUUACCACUAUCAACAGCUUCGGAGAACGUUACCUGUAA